AUGUCGACCCCAGGAAGCAUAAAGACCUACACCUCUGCACCUCUCAAUUCCAACAAGACAGAAGAGGAGACAACGGCAGCCAAAGUACAGCCGCAACCCGCCACCGCAAUCGAGGCCGAAACAACGACUGCGACGCAACCCCAAACCACGUCGGCUACUGCUACCGCGCCAGCGUACUCACCGAUAUACGCAUCUGCACAGCCAGAGAGUCUCCCAGCUCAACCCGGCGCCGCACCAAGUCUACCUGCCCCAACAGCAGCCGCGACGCAACCAACAGGCAACCUUAUGCCAACGCCAACCUCUACCUACCCAAGCGAAACGUCUACACAAUCCCCACCACCUCCACAACCAGGUGCCGUACCACAAGUCCCAACUCCAACCGCACAAUCUACAGUCCCGCCACCUCCCAAGGCAGGACAAGCCAUCUCUCCCUCCCUGCCUUCUACAGCACAAGCUACCACCGCACCGCAACCCUCGACCCAAUUCACCUCUUCCUACGCCUACCACCGCUCACCACACCAUACCUCUGAAAUCCCAAACUCGACCUCCACCCCUUACUCUUCCGUGUACCAGGCCCCGACUGGUGCGGGUCCCUCUGGAUCUACAGGAUUGCCGCUGCAUUAUAGCAGUGGUGGAGGUGGAGGGGCGAGUAGUAUUUCCCCCGAGGAUGAUGAGCCUUCGUUCUUUAGUACUGCGAAGGGGUGGAUGCAGACUGCGGGAUCGAAGUUGGCAGAGGUUGAGGCGGAGGUUUGGAAGAGGAUUAAUAAUGCGCAUGAUGAUAAAUGA